AUGGUCUUCCUCAGAAGGUCCCAGGUUCGAGCCCUGACCCCCACCACUGGCCUCCUCCAAGAGCCCCACCACCCACAGCCCCCCUUAAAACCCCCCCACCACCUACAGACCCCUCCAAGACCCUCACCACCUACAGCCCCUCCCCUUAAAAACUCCUCACCACAGACAGUCCCCUUCAAGAUCCCCACCACCACAGACAGUCCCCCUUCCAAGAUCCACACCACUUACAGCCCUCCUUCAAGACCCCCACUACCACCCACAGUCCCCUCCAAGACCCCCAUCACCUACAGCCCCUCCUUCAAGACCCCCACCACAGACAGUCCCCUUCAAGACCCCACUAUAGUCCCCUCCAAAAUCCCCAACAACCACAUAUCCCUUGAAGACUCCUACCACAGACAGUCCCCUUUAAGACCCCCACUAUGGUCCCCUCGAAGAAUCUCCACCAACCACAGACCCCUUGAAGACCCCCACCACAGAGAGUCCCCUUUAAGACCCCCACCACAGCCCCUCUCCAAGACCCCAACCCACCUACAGCCCCCCCUUAAAAAAAAACUCACCAACACCACAGACCUCCUUCAAGACCCCCACCACCACAGAUAG